GUUCAGUCUUCCAGUUUUCCACCAAGUAUGGCAUUCUCUUUUUGCCUUUUCCACUGUCAAAUUUCGUUCAAGGUUGACCAAUCAUUGUUGCCUACUAGACCUUGCUGUAAUAUCAGAAUGGAUCAGGGAUCCACUUUUCCUCUUGGAGGUAUGAACACUAAACUUUUUGGCCAGCCAGUUGUGGCAACAGGAGGCAAGCUGAGAAGUGACUGGAGUUUUAUAGGAGGCUCAGGAGCUGUUAUUGCACCAAACCCUGCAAGAUUCGUUCUUCACAGAAAAAGCUCUGGAAUUCAUGCUUCAGGGUUGGAAAGUUCUCAAGUUGCAAGUAGUGUUUUUACUGUGGCGACUGCAGCCGUUCUUCCAUUUUACACCCUCAUGGUUCUGGCUCCAAAAGCUGAAGUGACUAAGAAGUCUAUGGAAAGUAGUAUUCCGUAUCUUGUGCUUGGACUUCUCUAUGGAUAUCUAUUGUACCUCUCCUGGACACCGGACACAAUACAGCUGAUGUUUGCAAGUAAAUACUGGCUACCAGAGCUUUCUGGCAUGGCUAAGAUGUUCUCCAGUGAGAUGACACUUGCUUCUGCAUGGAUUCACCUAUUGGCCGUAGAUCUCUUUGCUGCAAGGCAGGUUUUUCAUGAUGGAUUGGAGAACAAAAUCGAGACUCGGCAUUCUGUUUCUCUUUGCCUUCUUUUCUGUCCUAUUGGAAUUCUGACUCAUUUCAUCACCAAAGCACUAACCGAAAGCCCAAAGGAAACCAAACACAUGAUUGAUUAACGCUGAUACAAUGGAUUUUUUUUCCCUCUGAUACAAUGAAUUUGAACUUCUUAGAAGAUGAUAAACGUAAAUAACGAGUCAGUCCGAGGGAAAAUUAUCAGUCAAGGGAAUUACUAGUGUUCUAGAGUUUGUUUCCCUUUAUAGCAUCAAGAAAAUUUGUUUUCUUUGAUUAUCACCCAAAAUGGUUACUCG